AUGGCAUCGCUGCCUCCUCCCCCGCCGCCUGGAUGGGGUGCAUCGGCGCCGCCCUCAAUGCCUAUGGCGCCGCCGCCGCCAGGAUACCAGCCGCCCGCCGACCCGAACGUCGCGAAGUUUGCCCAGAAGAAGACGGAAUGGCUGCGGACGCAACGGAACCGGUUUGGAGAGAAGCGAAAGGGCGGAUUCGUCGAGACGCAAAAGGCUGAUAUGCCGCCGGAGCAUCUCCGCAAGAUCGUGAGGGAUAUCGGAGACGUGUCUCAGAAGAAAUUUACCAACGAGAAGCGAAGCUAUCUCGGUGCUCUCAAGUUCAUGCCUCAUGCUGUCUUGAAGCUGCUGGAGAACAUGCCUAUGCCUUGGGAAUCGACGAGGGAAGUUAAGGUGCUGUACCACGUCAACGGCUGUUUGACUCUUGUUAAUGAAACGCCGAGAGUCAUCGAGCCGGUGUUCCAUGCACAGUGGGCGACAAUGUGGGUGUGUAUGCGACGAGAGAAGAGUGACCGAAGACACUUCAAGCGUAUGCGAUUUCCUCCUUUCGAUGACGAAGAGCCGCCGCUUUCGUGGUCAGAGAACAUCGAGGAUGUUGAGCCGUUGGAGCCGAUUCAGAUGGAACUUGACGAGGCUGAAGAUGGACCCGUAUACGAAUGGUUCUACGACCACCGACCACUCCUUGAUACACCACACGUGAACGGACCGAGUUACAGGAAGUGGAACUUGGAUCUUCCCCAGAUGGCCACUCUUUACCGGUUAAGUCAUCAGCUUCUGAGUGACGUCGUGGACCAGAACUACUUCCAUAUGUUUGAUCUGAACAGUUUCUUCACGGCCAAGGCGCUGAACGUUGCUAUUCCCGGUGGACCUCGCUUCGAGCCUUUGUACAAGGACAUUGAUCCCAAUGACGAGGACUUUAGCGAGUUCAAUGCGAUCGACCGUAUUAUCUUCCGCGCGCCUAUCCGAACCGAAUACCGCGUUGCUUAUCCCUUCCUCUACAACACACUCCCAAGGAGCGUAAAGGUUUCUUGGUACUCUCACCCGCAAGUUGUUUAUGUCCGGACCGACGACCCUAACCUUCCCGCCUUCUACUUCGACCCUGUCAUUAACCCGAUCUCUUCCCGCUCCGUCGCGCCCAAGAACAUUACAGUCAGCCACGAGGACGAGCUGUUUGGACCUGGAGGCAAUGAGGACGACUUUGAGCUUCCCGAAGAGGCGGAGCCGUUCUUCGCUGAUGAGGACCUCUACACGCCUGAGACUGCGUCCGCUAUUGCCCUUUGGUGGGCUCCUCACCCCUUCAACAAGCGCUCCGGCAAGAUGGUCCGCGCACAGGAUGUUCCGCUAGUUAAGCAGUGGUAUCUGGAGCACUGCCCUCAAGGUCAACCUGUCAAAGUUCGCGUGUCUUACCAGAAGCUUCUCAAAACAUACGUGCUCAACGAGCUGCAUCAGAAGAAACCCAAGGCCCAAAGCAAGCAGGACCUGCUAAAGACCUUGAAGUCAACCAAGUUCUUCCAGCAGACAACGAUCGACUGGGUUGAGGCUGGUUUGCAAGUCUGCCGUCAAGGUUUCAAUAUGCUGAACCUAUUAAUUCACCGCAAGAACUUGACGUACCUCCACUUGGAUUACAACUUCAACCUUAAGCCUGUCAAGACCCUGACAACUAAGGAGCGAAAGAAGUCUCGUUUCGGAAACGCUUUCCAUCUGAUGCGUGAAAUCCUCCGUCUCACCAAGCUGAUUGUCGACGCUCAAGUUCAGUACCGUCUUGGUAAUAUUGAUGCCUUCCAGCUUGCUGAUGGUAUCCUCUACGCCUUCAACCACGUUGGUCAGUUGACGGGUAUGUACCGUUACAAGUACAAGUUGAUGCACCAGAUUCGAUCUUGCAAGGACUUGAAGCACUUGAUUUACUAUCGCUUCAACUCUGGCCCUGUUGGUAAAGGUCCUGGAUGUGGUUUCUGGGCCCCGGCCUGGCGCGUUUGGCUCUUCUUCAUGCGUGGUAUUAUCCCUCUGCUUGAAAGAUGGCUUGGAAACUUGCUAUCUCGUCAGUUCGAGGGUCGUCACAGCAAGGGCGUGGCCAAGACAGUUACCAAGCAGCGUGUGGAGUCUCACUUCGAUCUCGAACUCCGCGCAUCCGUUAUGGCCGACUUAAUGGAUAUGAUGCCCGAGGGUAUCAAGCAAAACAAGGUUAACACCGUCCUCCAACAUCUGUCAGAAGCAUGGCGAUGCUGGAAGAGUAACAUUCCUUGGAAGGUUCCUGGUCUUCCUGCGCCUAUUGAGAACAUCAUUCUGCGCUAUGUCAAGAGCAAGGCCGAUUGGUGGAUUUCGGUGGCGCAUUAUAACCGUGAGAGAAUUCGUCGUGGUGCUACAGUCGACAAGACCGUUGCCAAGAAGAACUUGGGUCGCCUUACUCGUUUGUGGCUCAAGGCCGAGCAAGAGCGCCAGCACAAUUACCUCAAGGACGGUCCGUAUGUGUCGUCUGAGGAGGCAGUGGCCAUCUAUACUACAAUGGUUCACUGGCUCGAGUCCCGGAAAUUCUCGCCUAUCCCAUUCCCUAGUGUUUCAUACAAGCACGAUACUAAGAUUCUGAUUCUUGCUUUGGAACGUCUGCGUGAGUCCUACUCUGUCAAGGGUCGCUUGAACCAGAGUCAGCGUGAAGAACUCGCCCUCAUCGAGCAGGCGUAUGAUUCUCCCGGAACGACACUGGCACGUAUCAAGCGUUUCCUGCUUACUCAACGAGCGUUCAAGGAAGUUGGAAUCGAUAUGAACGACAACUACAACAACAUCAACCCCGUUUACGAUGUCGAGCCCAUUGAAAAGAUCACCGACGCUUAUCUUGAUCAGUACCUCUGGUACCAAGCCGAGCAGCGCCACCUGUUCCCUGCUUGGAUUAAGCCGUCUGAUUCUGAGGUCCCUCCUCUGUUGACUUACAAGUGGGCACAGGGAAUUAACAACUUGUCGAACGUAUGGGAAACUGCCGAUGGCGAGACAAACGUAAUGAUCGAGACGGAACUGUCCAAGGUCUACGAGAAGAUCGAUCUUACGCUGCUUAACCGCCUGCUUCGUCUAAUUAUGGACCACAACUUGGCGGACUACAUCACUUCCAAGAACAACGUGCAGCUGAGCUACAAGGAUAUGAACCAUACCAACAGCUACGGUCUGAUCCGUGGUCUCCAGUUCUCUGGCUUCGUCUUCCAGUUCUACGGUUUGAUGAUCGAUUUGCUCCUCCUUGGGUUGCAAAGAGCCAGCGAAAUGGCCGGUCCUCCCCAGAGCCCCAACGACUUCCUCCAGUUCAGAGACCGUGCGACUGAAACGAGACACCCUAUUCGAUUGUACACUCGUUACGUUGACAAGAUCUGGGUCUUCUUCCGAUUCAACGCGGACGAAUCACGCGACCUCAUCCAGCGGUUCUUGACUGAGAACCCCGAUCCCAACUUUGAGAACGUUAUUGGCUACAAGAACAAGAAGUGCUGGCCUCGGGAUUGCCGCAUGCGCUUGAUGCGCCAUGAUGUUAACCUUGGUCGUGCUGUCUUCUGGGAUCUGAAGAACCGUCUUCCUCGGUCCAUUACCACAAUUGAUUGGGACGACACCUUUGCCAGCGUCUACAGUAAGGACAACCCUAAUCUUCUGUUCUCCAUGUCCGGUUUCGAGGUCCGAAUCCUUCCCAAGUCUCGCAACCUCAAUGAAGAGUUCUCGGUGAAGGACAGUGUUUGGUCUUUGGUGGACAACUCCACAAAGGAGCGCACAGCGCAUGCGUUCCUGCAGGUCACUGAGGAGGAUAUCCAAAAGUUCAACAAUCGGAUCCGACAGAUCCUCAUGUCCUCCGGUUCGACGACCUUUACCAAGAUCGCGAACAAGUGGAACACUGCUCUGAUCGCUCUCUUUACCUACUACCGUGAAGCUGCCGUGUCGACUGUCAACCUCCUUGACACCAUUGUCAAGUGUGAGACCAAGAUUCAGACCCGUGUCAAGAUCGGUCUGAACUCCAAGAUGCCUUCCCGUUUCCCUCCGGCCGUCUUUUACACACCAAAGGAACUGGGAGGUCUUGGUAUGAUUUCCGGCUCUCACAUUCUCAUUCCCGCCAGCGACAAGCGAUGGUCGAAGCAGACCGAUACCGGCAUCACUCACUUCCGCGCGGGUAUGUCACAUGACGAGGAAACCUUAAUCCCCAACAUCUUCCGAUACAUCAUCCCCUGGGAAGCCGAAUUCAUCGACUCCCAGCGCGUGUGGAUGGAAUACUCGCAAAAGCGCAUGGAAGCUCAGCAGCAGAAUCGUCGUCUCACCUUGGAGGAUCUCGAAGACAGCUGGGACCGCGGUCUGCCGCGUAUCAACACGCUUUUCCAGAAGGACCGCAGCACGCUCAGCUUCGACAAGGGUUUCCGUCUGCGUGCUGAAUUCAAGCAGUACCAGCUCAUGAAAAGCAAUCCUUUCUGGUGGACUAGUCAGCGGCAUGAUGGUAAAUUGUGGAAUUUGAACGCUUACCGUACCGAUGUUAUACAGGCGCUGGGUGGUGUAGAGACUAUACUUGAGCACACCUUGUUCAAAGCAACAGCUUUUCCGUCCUGGGAGGGUCUAUUCUGGGAACGUGCCUCAGGCUUUGAAGAAUCUAUGAAAUUCAAGAAGCUCACGAACGCUCAGCGAUCCGGUUUGAACCAGAUUCCCAACCGUCGAUUUACCCUAUGGUGGUCCCCAACCAUCAACCGCGCCAACGUUUACGUUGGUUUCCAGGUGCAGCUAGAUCUCACGGGUAUCUUCUUGCACGGAAAGAUCCCUACUCUGAAGAUCUCUCUGAUUCAGAUCUUCCGUGCUCACUUGUGGCAGAAAAUCCACGAGUCCGUAGUCAUGGAUCUCUGUCAAGUCUUCGAUCAGGAACUUGAGCAGCUUGGCAUUGAGGCGGUCCAGAAGGAGACUAUCCACCCGCGUAAGUCUUACAAGAUGAACAGUUCUUGUGCGGAUAUUUUGCUGUUUGCGACGAACAAGUGGAACGUCACCAGACCUUCCAUCCUCUUCGACACGAAAGAUGUAUAUGAGCCGACCACGACAAACAAGUUCUGGCUCGACGUGCAACUGCGUUACGGUGACUACGACUCUCACGACAUUGAACGAUACGUCCGCGCCAAGUAUUUGGAUUACACCACCGACAGCAUGAGUAUCUAUCCGUCUGCGACGGGUCUGAUGAUCGCAGUUGAUCUUGCCUACAACCUGUACUCCGCUUACGGCCAGUACUUCCCUGGUCUGAAGACGCUGGUUCAGCAAGCGAUGGCCAAGAUCAUGAAGGCCAACCCUGCCCUCUAUGUGCUGAGAGAACGUAUCCGAAAAGGUCUUCAGCUGUAUGCUUCCGAGAGCAACCAGGAGUUCCUCAAUUCUCAGAACUACUCGGAGCUUUUCAGUCCUCAGAUCCAGCUGUUCAUUGAUGAUACCAACGUCUACCGUGUCACCAUCCACAAGACCUUUGAAGGUAAUCUUACCACCAAGCCUAUCAACGGUGCUAUCUUCAUUUUCAACCCUCGUACUGGACAACUGUUCUUGAAGAUUAUUCACACCAGUGUCUGGGCUGGACAGAAGCGUCUUGGCCAGCUUGCGAAGUGGAAGACGGCAGAAGAAGUCGCGGCUCUCAUCCGAUCCUUACCGGUCGAAGAACAGCCCAAGCAGCUCAUCGUUACCCGAAAGGGUCUCCUCGAUCCCCUUGAAGUUCACCUUCUCGAUUUCCCCAACAUCUCUAUCCGUGCUUCCGAGCUUCAGCUGCCUUUCCAAGCUGCUAUGAAGGUGGAGAAGCUUGCAGACAUGAUCUUGCGCGCGACUGAGCCUCAAAUGGUCUUGUUCAACCUUUAUGACGAGUGGCUCAAGACCAUUUCGCCAUACACUGCCUUCUCGCGAUUAAUCUUGAUUCUGCGUGCUCUUCACGUUAACAUCGACAAGGCGAAGAUCAUUCUCCGGCCUGACAAGAGCGUCAUUACCUUGGAGCACCACAUUUGGCCCUCGCUCUCCGAUGAAGACUGGAUGAAGGUUGAAGUGCAGCUGCGUGAUCUGAUCUUGAAUGAUUACGGCAAGAAAAACAAUGUCAACGUUCAAAGUUUGACGAGUAGUGAAGUCCGAGAUAUUAUUCUUGGUAUGGAGAUUAGUGCGCCGUCACUGCAACGACAGCAGGCGGCCGAAAUUGAGAAACAGCAAGAGGAGGCGAAGCAGCUUACCGCUGUAACGACGAAGACUCAAAACGUCCGCGGUGAAGACAUCAUUGUCACUACCACUUCUCAGUACGAACAGCAGUCGUUCGCGUCCAAGACCGAGUGGCGUACGCGUGCGAUCGCCACGUCUAAUCUCCGCACUCGGGCAAACAACAUCUACGUCUCGUCAGAUGAUAUCCGUGAGGAGGGUUACACGUACAUUAUGCCGAAGAACAUCCUCAAGCGGUUCAUCAUGAUCGCCGAUCUCCGAGUGCAAGUAGCCGGGUAUCUCUACGGUAGCUCGCCACCGGACAACGACCAGGUCAAGGAAAUCCGAACUAUCGUCAUGAUCCCGCAAGUCGGCAACACUCGCGAAGUUCAACUACCGCAGCAGCUCCCCCAGCACGAUUACCUCAAAAACCUGGAGCCGCUCGGAGUGAUCCACACCAUCUCCGGUAAUGAGCCGCCGUACAUGACGGCACAGGACGUGACUCAGCAUUCCCGCCUGAUGAACGCCCAUUCGUCCUGGGACAAGAAGACGGUUACGAUGACCGUCUCGUUCACACCGGGUUCCGUCUCCCUUGCAGCAUGGGGCCUCACCCCUCAGGGUUACAAAUGGGGAGCCGAAAACCGGGAUACGACGUCCGAUCAGCCGCAGGGAUUCUCGACCAGUAUGGGCGAGAAGUGUCAGUUGUUGCUCAGUGACAAGAUUCGCGGGUACUUCCUCGUGCCUGAAGACAAUGUGUGGAACUACAGCUUCAUGGGAAGCUCGUACGGAAGCGUCGAGAAGCGCCCGGUGUAUGUCAAAAUCGACACGCCGCUACGGUUCUACGACGACCAGCAUCGCCCACUGCACUUCCAAAACUUUGCAGAACUGGAGGACAUUUGGGUCGAUCGAUCUGAUAACUUUGCUUAA